AUGGCAGCAAGACUAAAAAUCACGUUAUAUGUUGAUACGGUCAGUCCGUUUGCUUAUGAGGUGUUUUGGAUUUUUAGGCAUGAUCCUACAUUCGCGAAAUGUCAUAUCGAAUAUGUACCUGUAUUCCUGGGUGGUAUUAUGAAGGAUGUUGGAAACAAUCCACCGAUCAAUAUCAAAAAUAAAGACAAAUGGAUCGACCGCGAACGUCUCCACUGGACAUCUAUCUUCAAUAUCCCCAUCUCCUCUAAAACACCAGUCGGUUUUCCUCACAUGACGCUGCGGAUUCAACGCGCGUUAUGUGUGCUACCUUUUUUGUUCUCGGAGGAAAAUGAAGCCCAAGAUGUUUUAUGUCGGUGUCUAGAUCGUCUCUAUGAAAUGUAUUGGGUGGAGGGGAAGAACAUCACGGCUUCUGGUGUUUUGGAGGAGGUAUUGAAAGAUGUGAUUGGAGAGGAAACAAAGGAGUUGGUGAUAAAAGAGAUUGCGGGGAAGGGCAAAGAGGCAGUGCUGAAAAAUAAUGAGAGGGCGGUACGGGAAGGGGCUUUUGGGUUACCGUGGAUGGUAUGCACGAAUUCCGCAGGAGAAACGGAGGGAUUUUGGGGUGUGGAUCAUUUGGCACAAGUGGUGGAUUUCUUGGGGUUGGAGAGAGUGAAGAGUAGAACUUGGAAAGCUUAUCUUUGA